CCGCGAGCAGUAUGGCGCUACGCGCUCCGGCACGGUAACGUAUGUAGCGCGUCGUCACGUCGUUCACUGUGCAUCCACCAUCGCAUCGGCGAUCCGCCGUAUAUCCGACAGGGUGAAUCCCCGCGCGAAUUACGGUUGCCGAUAUCGCACUAUUAAAUCGUCGUCUCGGAGACUAGCGGGAUACAAAAAAUACGGGUGUCGAGAGAACGACAACGACUCGGCGAAACGUGGGGCGGAAAAAAAUAUUUUAACGAUCCGAUACAGAGGGAAAUCCGGCGGUGAGUUUCUCGCGCUUAAUAUGCAGCCGCGUGCAUCGCGUCCGGGCCGACGGCGGUCGUAAACGACGCCGGAUAGCGUGCGCGCGAAUAGCGCGUUGCGGUGACGAGAGGCUUUCGUCCACGUCGUGCGAUAAGUGAGCGAUCGGGAAUGAUGGGCUCUUCGGCAAAUCUUCUCAGUACCGGUAUCAACAACACCACGACGACGACGACAAUCGAGAAAACAGCAUCGCAGACGGUGAUAGUGGCGAGUUUUCGGAUCGGUUUCACGUGUUCGCGCGCCGCUUAGAACAACGAUAUGAAAGAGCUGCAUACGAUCGCGUAAAAGAGUCCACACACCACGUCUACAAAGAAUUCGCCAGAAAGUGCGGUGGAAGGAUACGAAGACGGGCGAGAAAGCAUUCGAAGUUGCUUCAGCUGAUCGCCGAUAAACACAACAGGCACGGCAUGUUUCUCAUUAAUUAACACCGCGUGCUCUCGUCUCUCGUCGGAGUGAUCCGGGCGAUCCUCUUAUUGGACUACAAUAGAGCAGCACAUCUGCGAGAUGGCAUGUCCAUUCUCUAGCGGACGCUUUAAACUGACUCACAAGGAUGAGAGCAGCAAGGAAGGGGACCAUCGCAGAAUCGCGAAGAUCAAACAGAACGAGCAGGGCAGGCCGCCACGACAGCCGUCGGUCCAGAUAACAUCGCUUCUGGGAGAGGACGGUGACGACCUCGAGGACACACAGACACUUAACCUGAAGCACCUAAGAGCCGCAGUGACCCUCCUGACUAACCCUUCGAACGAAGUGGUGGCUGUGGCGCUAGAAGCUUUAUUAAAUAAACGUGAAGUACCUCUUCCAACAUCGACAACAUCGUCUUUAGAAAAACUUCUAACUAAUAUUGAAGAAGAGGAGAACUAUAACUUAUUGGAAGACAUAUACGAGACACUGAAUUACGAUUGUGACAUCGACGUCAACGCGUUUUUCGAUCAUCUCGGACAAGAGCUGAUCAUGUGGGCUUGCGUGGGUCUCUUAGAGAGGGCUUUUCGUUGCCUUGGGAACGAUCUGACCGCCUUCCUGACCACACUUGACGGCGUAAACGACGUUGUCCAGCAUCAGUCGGGAACGGAUACCGAGGCGGAGUUCGUGUGUAUCGCUACACCGGAAGCGCUGGAGCUACACUUCACCACCGACCAUCCCUCUAUAGCCUACCUUUUGGUCGGCAGUCUAAAGGGCAUCGCCAGGCAGUUCUAUAAUGACAAAGCCGAUGUGUAUAUACUGCCGGAUCCCUACAAUACAAAAUUUUUUAGAUACCGCAUCACUCCGGAGCGUUACAGCGAGCAGCUAGACGCCGACAUAGACGACUACAAUGUGCCGCCGUCGCCCGCUUUCCGUCCACUCUCCACCGAAGCAACGGACCUUCGUAUGGGGGUAGCGAGCUUCUGCAAGGCGUUUCCGUGGCACUUUGUCGUUGAUCGCCAGCUGGAACUCGUGCAGCUCGGUGUCGGUUUCAUGAAGAUUUUCGGACAUUAUCUGAACCGACUCGGCAGAGAGAUAUCGACAUAUUUCGCCUUCACACGGCCCCACGGCGUCACUCUGACCUUUCACGAGAUCCUAAAACGCGCGAAUACACCGUUUAUCCUGACCCUUCAGAGGCCGCACGAUGUGGAUAAAUACCCCGCGGAGGGUUUGGAAAUGAAGGGCCAGAUGGUGCACUGUUCAGAAUCAGAUUCAAUUUUGUUCGUGAGCUCACCAUUCUUGAACGGGUUGGAAGGUUUAACGGGUCGAGGACUCUACAUUUCUGAUAUUCCUCUUCACGAUGCUACGAGAGAUGUUAUACUUGUUGGCGAGCAAGCUAGAGCACAGGACGGCUUAAGGAGACGUAUGGAUAAAUUGAAGAGCUCUAUAGAAGAAGCCAACUUGGCAGUCGAUGCGGAAAGAGAAAAGAAUGUCAGCCUUUUACAUCUUAUAUUUCCACCGGAUAUUGCGAAGCGUCUAUGGCUGGGAGAAACAAUUGAGGCGAAGACAUAUCCGGACGUCACGAUGCUUUUUAGCGAUAUAGUCGGAUUUACGGCUAUCUGCGCUACAGCCACACCGAUGAUGGUUAUCAAUAUGCUUCAAAAUCUCUAUGAACAAUUUGAUCUUUAUUGCGGUCAGUUGGAUGUGUACAAGGUAGAAACAAUCGGCGAUGCCUAUUGCGUUGCAUGCGGCCUUCAUCGAAAUACCAAUGCACAUGCACAACAAAUUGCUUGGAUGGGCCUAAAGAUGAUACAAACGUGCUCUCACCACUUGACUCACGAAGGCAAGCCAAUAAAGAUGCGGAUUGGCAUUCAUACCGGGAUGGUGUUGGCGGGCGUGGUGGGCAAGAAAAUGCCAAGAUACUGUCUCUUUGGACACAAUGUCACGUUGGCGAACAAAUUUGAAUCUACAAGCGAGCCACUUCGUGUCAACAUCAGUCCAACUACGUACCUGUGCUUAAUAGAAAAAUCGGGAUUCAUAUUGGAACCGCGGACCAAGGACAAUCUACCCAAGCAAAUGUCAGCCAGUAUAUCGGGCACGUGUUACUUUCUGAACGGGUAUCAGCAUAGCGACGUCAGCGCGAGCGAACCUCUCGAUGUGCAUAUUCAAGCUGCAAUUACGGAACUCGGAAUCAGUAGCAAUAUGUAGAUACCUUUCAAUACGGGGCCGCGCGUACCGACGAUGCCGUACCGCUGAUCAGUGUGUUACUUUAACGAUAUUACCAUCGAUAAUAGCAAUGACACGCCCGGCAUUAUCAGAUCGAUCGAUGUACACGCAUAUGAGCUCUCAAGCUGGCACUAAAGGUACAUUAAAAGCAUGGCGCUAAUUGUACGAUCACAUUGAAAGAGAUCCUGUGUGGAUACUAUUUAUACGCAGAGUCAUAGAUUAUAAUCAUUAUAUACUUAUUAAAUAUAUAAGAAGCAAGUAAAACUCUCUA